AUGGUAAAUUAUUAUUAUUACGAACCUUCUCUUCCUGUAGCAACGGUUUUUGCAGUCAUCUUUAUCCUGUCAUUUGCUGUUCAGCUCUUCCAAACCAUUAGAACAAGAACAUGGUUUUUCGUGCCAUUUCUAGUUGGCUCACUGUUCGAGGCCAUCGCUUUUGUUAGUCGCGCAGUCAGUGCCCAGGAAUCGCCGAACUACACCUUUGGUCCUUGUGUUGUACAGAAUUUACUUCUUCUUCUGGGACCCACAUGCUAUGCUGCAUCCAUCUACAUGGGUCUGGGACGAUACAUCCGAAAAUUGGAGGGGGAGCAGUUCUCGUUGCUUAAGCCGAACUGGCUGACGAAAGUCUUCCUCGUUGGCGACAUAGUAUCAAUUGCGCUGCAAGCGGUUGAUGGUGGAAAGUUCGUCAAGGUUGACACCGCAGACAACGAGACGACAGUAGAAAGCGUUGUAACUGCUGGCAUAAUGGUACAGCUCGUGUUUUUCACCCUCUUUAUUGCGCUGGCGACAUCGUUCCACUUCCUAUUUCUCAACAAGUCUCUAGUACAGCCUUACGGCUGGCAAAAGUUCAUGGUCGUCAUUUCCGUAGCAAGCGCACUCAUCCUCGUACGAUCGCUUUUUCGAAUGAUUGAGUACGUUGAAGGACGUGAUGGAGAGCUGCAAUCUAAAGAGGUGUAUCUCUAUGCCCUCGAUGCAAUUCCCAUGGCUAUUGUCAGCAUCGGCUUUCACGUUUUUCAUCCCUCAAAGUAUUUUAAUAGCAGGAGAAAAAGUCUUUGCGAGUCAGAGAGCGAGAUGACGCUGGGUUUUCCGCAUAUUCCGCGCCCUGGGUCAUAG